CUAAAACAAACGCAGAAGUCUGAUGUUCAUGUUUAGGGACAGACCUUUUGGUAGACACAGUAUGUAGUUUCCUCCACCAGGGGGCUCUCAAUCAAAACAAUUCUACAAUUCACUUAUCAGACUCUUUUAUCCAAAGCGACGUACAUCAGAGAGUAAGAACAACACAAGCAAGGAUCUAGAAAAAAGGGAACAAUGUCAGUAAGAGCAAACGAUCAGCUUUGAGUCUGAUUGGACACACAGGUGCUGACAGGAAGUGACCAGAGGCAAAGCACAACAUUGAGGGCAGUUCUUGAGAGCUCUAAUCAGUAUAGAAACCAUCUUAUAAGUCGUCGUUAUCAAACAAAAACCAUCGUCAUUACCAUCAUCAUCAUCAUCAAUAAUAUGGAGACCAUCAUCAUUAAGUUAGUAGGUAUUCAUGAAAGAGCUGGGUCUUUAGCUUUUUCUUAAAGGUGCAGAGGGACUCUGCAGAUCACAUGGAGUUUGGAAGUUCAUUCCACCACCGGGGGGCGACAGAGGAGAAGAGUCUAGUCAGAGACUUAGAACCCUGUUGUGAAGGUUGGAUCAGACGCCUUUCAUUGGCAGAGCGUAGUGGGGGGAGAGUGAAACAAUAACUAAAGGAUGAGGUCGAGGCUGGCGGGGAAUCAUGGGAGUGAUUCAGUCGCACCAAAUGAGUACGAUUGGCUGGUGUAGGAGGCGGCUUUUAAAAACAUACCAAGAUGAAUAUUCUGAUGCAUCUGUGAGAAAUUGUGCCCCCCCCCCCCCCCCCCCCUUGGAGAAAGAUGCAGCAGCUGUCACUGAGCACCUGCAUGUCGGUGCAUUGGUUUGGUUUUGUGUGUGACUGUCCGGUCUGCAGGUCAGAGUGACUGAGACCUGUGAGUGUAAACAAAGAGGAGUUAGUGAUCAGAGUCUCUCUCAGGGCCGUGACGCUGACCCUCUGAGAUCCAAUCAGGUCCUCAUUGAACCCUGAUAAAAUCCUCCUCUCUGCCAAACAUCAGUGUGACUCUCACAUGCAGACAUGUGGAGGUUUGUGUUGGUGCUGCUGGUGGUUUGGACAUGGCCGAGCUCGGCGCUGGUCAGGGUCCCUCUGAGGCGGCUGCCCACAAUCCGUAGCCAGCUGCGUGUUGAUGGCUCAUUGCAGGAGUUCCUGAAGGAUCACCAUCCUGACAUGUUGGGUCGACGCUACGCUCAGUGCUACCCGCCUGGCACGCUAUCACUGAGGCUCGGACGCUACAGCGAAAAGAUCUACAACUUCAUGGACGCUCAGUAUUAUGGAGAAAUCAGUUUGGGGAAUCCGGAGCAGAACUUCUCCGUGAUUUUUGACACCGGAUCAUCCGACCUCUGGGUCCCGUCAUCCUACUGUGUCAGCCAAGCCUGCGGGUCGCACGUACAAUUCAAGGCGUUUGAGUCGACUACGUUUCACCACGAUGGUCGGAGGUUUAGGAUUAACUAUGGAUCGGGACACCUGCUGGGAGUCAUGGCCCGAGACACACUGAAGGUCGGGGGUCUGACCGUCCUAAAUCAAGAGUUUGGGGAGUCUGUCUACGAGCCAAGUGCUGCGUUUGUGACGGCCAAAUUUGACGGGGUUCUUGGGAUGGCUUACCCAGCCCUGGCGGAGAUCCUGGGAAACCCUGUUUUUGACAACAUGUUGGCGCAAAAGGCGGUGGAGGAGCCCGUCUUCUCUUUCUACCUCAGCAGGACAACGGGUGACAGCAGCCCUGAGGGCGAGCUGUUGCUGGGUGGAACCGAUGAGACGCUUUUCACUGGACCAAUCAACUGGCUCCCUGUGACUGCUAAAGCGUACUGGCAGAUCCAAAUGGACAGUGUCGCUGUUCAAGGUGUGAGUUCGUUCUGUCGUCACGGUUGCCCAGCGAUCGUCGAUACUGGAACCUCCCUCAUCACCGGACCAACCAAUGACAUCCACCACCUUCAGCAGCUGAUCGGAGCCAGUCCAACAAAUAAUGGAGAGUUCCUUAUCGACUGUGCCAGAUUGUCCAGUUUGCCUCAUGUGACGUUCAUCCUGGGAGGAAAAGAGUACACACUCACUGCCGAGCAGUACGUUAGGAAGGAGAUGUUGGGAGACAGGGAGUUGUGUUUCAGUGGUUUCCAUGCCGUGGACAUCAUGACCACUAAAGGUUCGCUGUGGAUUCUGGGAGAUGUAUUUCUGACACAGUUCUACAGCAUAUUCGACAGAGGACUAGACCGCGUUGGCUUCGCUACCGCUAAGCAUUCCAGCGCAGAAUAACACACAUUUGUUAUCGAUAUUUGAUAACUGUUUGAUCAACACACGUUGUACAAUUAAAAGACCUUAACAGCA